AUGGAGCAACAGCAUGUUACUAUUAAUGAGGCUCAAUGUACUAGUUUUGCAGAAUCUGCGAUCUCUUCAGUGUGCUAUUCAGAGAUAGCUAGUGACCAGGAAUCAUUCCAAAAUUCCGCGAGUAGUUCACCAACCCAGCAGGGACAAGUGGGUUUGAAAUCGGCGAGCAAAUUACCAUUUCUACUGAAAAUUCAUUACGACCAUUUUCAGCUGUUAAAAUAUGUGUUUCACUUCGAGACAGUUUGCAUGGAGUAUUUAGAUCGUGUAUGGGUGAACUACUUCUUUGUACCGUGGAUAGCAGCUGUGUUGUUAAGGCUAGGGCUUCCUUCCAGUAUAACUCCAGACAAAGUACACCCUCUCGCUUUCUGUCUGUUUGUAGUUCCCUUCUCUGUCUUAGACCUCAAAAUCUAUUGCCAGUGGUUCGUCAAAGGGAAAAGGUCUCUGUCUCGAGUCACAAACCCUUCUACCUAUUUAUCAAGAUUGUCUCCAGACAUAGCAUUGAAGAGAAAGAUAUCCCCAGUUUUUUUUCAAUUUAUUGCAGCUUCGAGCUCGGCUAGCGUGGCAUGGGUGGUAGUAUCAGGAUAUUUUGACAAAUUCUCCAGGAUGCUCCUUUUUCUCUCACUCUUCUUGUACUUAACCCUCGUGAUGAGAGUGGGUUUCUUUCGUGACAGCAUAUGGAGAUUUUCAGUAAUUUGGUGGGCAUUUACAUAUCCCAUGACAACAACAUCCGUGGUGACACUCAAAUAUGCAGAGGAAGUGAAGAACCUCAUUGUCCCGACUUUCGCAUACAUUCUCACUUGUGUCUCCAUAAUAAAGAGUAGAUUUUGGAUUUGA